UUAGGAUGAAACUUUAAUCUGAGGUAACCAUGAAACUUGUGUUUGUUUGAACAAUUUUAAUGGACAUUUCAAACAUACAUAUUAAAAGAAACCAUUACCCCAAACUGAUGAAAUCACAAAAAUUUGGCCAAAAUCUAGAGGAGUACAAGGACAAAAUAUAAAUCAUGUCCAUGUCAGUGAGAAAUACAACCAAUAGUCAGGACUAUGGGAGUAUCCACAAACACCAGUCCAGUACCUUGGAGGGCGAUUUAAAAAAAAAGUCGGUCCAGGUCACUCAGUCGUUGGGCGAAGAGCAAAAGGCUAAGAAGAAGGAAGGAACUAUGCACUACUAUAAUGUGGAGACACUAGCUGAUCUGCAGUAUCGCUCCCAAAUCAAAGUCCUGGAGAAAAUUGACGACGAGGAGGUGGACAUGACGCCCAAGCCAAUCCCAAACGACACCUACGUAGAACAGUUCAUGAAGUACAACCUGAACGUCCUUCACCAAAUGACGAACUUCACCACAAUGCUGGGCAAGAACCAGGCCAGAUCCCGGACGCGGUCCAGCAUGCGGGCCGGAAUAGGUGGCAACAAACAGUCAAUCGACGAUCUGAUGAGCGGGAUCAUGUACGAGACCAUCAACUGGGACCCGUACAGCACCGUUGAGGCCCAAGGUCAGGCGUACGAGCCGAAGCCGUACACCAGGGCCUUUGUUAAGAUCACGCUGCGCAAGUCGUACUUCCUCGAGCUGCACAGCCAGCCGCAGACGACGGUGGCCAAGGCAUCGCCCGAGGGCGACGAAACGGAGCGGGACAACCGCCACUACGAGUACCUCACGGUGGGCAAGGGCAAAAUCCGGCGACGCUCCGAUAACGACGCCCAGACGGAGACGCUGCUCUUCACCACGCGGGCGGUGAACACCAUCCUGAUAACCAAGGCCACCGUCAGCUCGUACGUGUCCAACUUCGAAAUGUAUGACACGCUGAACAACAUUAGCAAGGAGUUCGCCACGAUGGCUUCGGUCAGGGACCUGGCUUCGUCCAUGGCGCAGACGGAGGAGACGGAGAGCUUUGAGGACGAAGAGACGAUGGCUGAGAAGGACAAGGUGACCACACAGAUCGAGCGGCUAUUCCGCAACCCCGAGUUCCGCAACGCCAUUAUGUACAUGGGUCGCACGCUCUCGAGCAAUACAAACGAGGCGGGGUUGCGCCGCUUCCGCAAUUUCGACCAGGUGGAGCGGUGGAACGCGCAGGCCGAGUACGUUUACUCGAUGAACGUGCUCUUCCGUCUGGUGCCGGAGCCCAGCAAGAACGAGCGCAAGGCCGUCAGCGACAUAGACUUCUGCCGUAGCAACGGCGACAUACUGGCCGUGGCCUAUGGGCUGUACUCCUUCUCCUCGCAGCACGUGCCCACAUCCGGCAGCGUUUUCCUGUGGAGCAUCAAGAACCCGGGCGAGCCGGAGCGCGCCUACUACUACGACGUGCCGGUGACGGCAAUAAGCUUUUCGCCCUACCUGCCCUGUCUUCUGGCCAUCGGCCUGUACGACGGGAGCGUCGAGGUGCGGGACGUGAGCAGUCUGCAGGACGUCCCCAUCGCCGUCUCGCAGCGCAGCACCUCGCCCGGCUCCUCGCCGGUGGUGGCCAUCCGCUGGAUCAAGCAGGUGGCGGAUGACGGCGAGGAGGCGGACAUCGACCCGUUCCUGAGCCUUUCGCAGGACGGCUCCGUCACCCGCUUCCGCAUCAUCAAGAGCCCCUUCCUGCUGGGCUUCAACCAGAUGACCCUGGAGCGGAUUGAGGGUCAUCCCGAGGGCAUCUUCGUGCACCCCUCGUCGCGAAUCCCCUGCGAGUCCAACCGCCACCCGCAGGGCCUGAGCCUCACCACCCACCCGCUGCACAAGGACAUAUACUACGUGCUCACCGACGAGGGGUGCAUCCACAAGUGCUCGAUCAACUACCAGCACCAGUAUCUGGAGGUGCUCCGCUGCCACGACGGAGGUGUCACCGUGAUGGAGUUCUCCCCCUGGUCGCCCAAACUGUUCCUCACCUGCGGGAAUGACUGGUUCGUACGCAUCUGGAUCGACGGCAUCACACGACCCCUGCUGGAGCUGCAAGAUGAGAUGACGCCAGUGCACUGGGCCAAGUGGAGCCCCACCCACUCCACGAUCAUUGUUUCGGUUAACCGAGAGACCGCCAACAUCUGGGACUUUCGACGUAACUUAUUACGGCCCAUGUCCAAGCACAAGAUGGACUCCUCCUUUAACACUGUAGCCCGGUUCUCACACUGCGGUCGCACCUUGGUUAUUGGCAACGAGCGCGGCAACACGCUUUUCAACGCCCUCGACGACAUGCCCUUUUCACCCCACUUUCAAUAUGACGAGUUGGAGAAGGCCAUUUACAAGGCCAUAGGCAACGACCACGAGCUCCUAAUGGAGCUUAAAAGCAUAGGUUUCUUUGGCUAUCCUAACAAGAAAGCCGUUUUCUAGAUUUUAAGAUUUGGUUUCAUUGUCAUUCUGAAGAAGACGAUUUUGGAUUAAAUAAUGAUCUGGUUCUACU